GUAAAACGCCUCCCAGUUUCUCAGCGGCUCUUCCGUAACAGCGAGCUUUCCUUUCCCCGUGCUGUCAGCGGACCUCAACGUGUCCGGACAAAAUGGCACUUUAUAAUUUCAAGAAGAUUAUGGUGGUUCCCACCGCCAAGGAUUUCAUCGAUAUCACUUUAUCCAAAACUCAAAGGAAAACCCCGACGGUGAUACACAAGCAUUACCAGAUCCACCGUAUCCGACACUUUUACAUGAGAAAGGUGAAGUUCACCCAGCAGAACUACCAUGACAGGCUCACCCAGAUCCUCACCGACUUCCCCAAGCUGGACGACAUCCAUCCAUUCUACGCCGAUUUAAUGAACGUGCUGUACGACAAAGACCAUUACAAACUGGCUUUGGGACAGAUAAACAUCGCCAAGAAUUUGAUCGAUAAUGUUGCCAAAGAUUACGUGCGGCUGAUGAAGUACGGAGACUCUCUGUACCGCUGCAAGCAGCUGAAGAGAGCAGCUCUCGGCCGCAUGUGCACCAUCCUGAAGCGCCAGAAACAGAGUCUGGAAUAUCUGGAGCAAGUGCGUCAGCAUCUGUCCCGUCUGCCCACCAUCGACCCGAACACCAGGACCCUGCUGCUGUGUGGAUACCCCAACGUGGGCAAGUCCAGCUUCAUCAACAAGGUGACCAGAGCAGAUGUUGAUGUGCAGCCGUAUGCGUUCACCACCAAGUCUCUGUUUGUGGGUCACAUGGACUACAAGUACCUCCGCUGGCAGGUGGUGGACACCCCGGGGAUCCUGGACCACCCCCUGGAGGAGAGGAACACCAUCGAGAUGCAGGCGAUCACGGCGCUGGCUCACCUGCGCUCGGCGGUGCUGUACGUCAUGGACGUGUCGGAGCAGUGCGGACACACCCUGCAGCAGCAGCUCGAGCUCUUCAACAACAUCCGGCCGCUGUUCGCCAACAAGCCUCUGAUCGUCGUGGCCAACAAGUGUGACGUGAAGAAGAUCAGCGAGCUGUCUGAGGAGAACCAGAAAAUCUUUGCCGACAUCUUGGCCGAGGGGAUCCCCGUCAUCGAGACGAGCACCCUGACUGAGGAGGGAGUCAUGCAGGUUAAAACUGAGGCCUGCGACCGGCUCCUCAGCCACCGUGUCGACACCAAGAUGAAGGGCAAGAAGGUCCAUGAUGUUCUCAACAGGCUGCACCUGGCCGUGCCCGCCAAGAGAGACCAGAAGGAGCGGCCGCCGUUCAUCCCAGAGGGAGCCUUGAUGCGCAGGAAAGCCAUGGAUGUGGACACACCCAAACGCAAACUGGAGAGAGAUCUGGAGUUGGAGCUUGGGGACGAUUACAUCCUGGACCUGCAGAAAUACUGGGAUCUGAUGAACAGCGAGGAGAAGAACGACAAGAUCCCUGAGGUCUGGGAGGGCCACAACAUCGCAGAUUACAUCGAUCCUGACAUCAUGAAGAAACUGGAGGACCUGGAGAAGGAGGAGGAGCUGAAGGAGCGGGCGGGCGAGUACGACUCCGACGAGGAGAGCGAGGACGAGGAGAUGCAGGAGAUCCGCAUGCUGGCCAAACAGAUCCGCGAGAAGAAGCAGCUCAAGAUCGUCGCCUCCAAGGAGAAAGACAUCCACGGGCCUCGCAUGCCCAGGACCGCCACCAAGGUGGAGAGAAAGACGCUGGAGAAGGAGAUGAGCGACCUCGGCCUGGACAUGACCGGCAAGGACGAGAGUCACUACGUGCAGCAGUCCCGACGCUCCCGCAGCGUCACCAGGAAGCGCAAGCGCGAGGUUUCAGCUCCGCCCACUUCCAGAACCCGCAGCCAGAGCGCCUCCCGGCCGCCCCGAGACCAGUCCGGCUUACGAGACGCAAAGAUGGCAAAGAAGGCGAAGAAGAUGAUGAAGAACUCCCAGAAAGACAUGAACCGGCAGGGCAAGAAGGGCGAGUCCGACAGGCACGUGUUCGACCUCAAACCCAAACACCUGCUGGCCGGGAAGAGGAAGUCUGGCACCACCGACCGCAGAUAAACCGCCCCGUCUGGACUGUUGUGACCUGGACAUUUGCCUCAGAGCACGAGGCCUCAGCGUUGUUGAGCCUCUCCAGAAUCAGAUCUGGCUUUUGUACUUUCACCUGUCAGCUUCCCACACCACCAAAACAGAACAUGACCUAUCUAUCCUUUUUUUUUUUUUUUAACCAGGAAACUGGUUGUUUUAGUAUUUAUCAAACACAGGAGUCAUUCUUCACAGUGGAGGCAGUGUUCAACUCCUUAAAGCUUCUGUGGAAAUGCUUAUUUUUGUCAAUAGAAAUGAAUACACCCAGUUAUCACUGACUGAUUGUAGUAGUUUUGUGUUACUGUUGUCAUUUACUCUAAAGGCCAUUAUCAGACUUGAAGAGGCUUGAAAAGAGUCUGAGAUGUCUAACAGUUUUCAGUUGUACAACUGGAAAUCGUCUGAAUUCAGUUGUGCAGGUUUUCUAUUAGUGAUGCCUGCUAAUUGAACCUUCAUUGCCUUACAGUCCAGAAGUGAAUCAGGUAAUGCUUGUUGUACUAAAAAAAACAUGAUAAAGUGAUGAUGCUUCCUUUUACAGCUGUUGUCCUCUGAAAUAUUCUCUAACAUGGGAGCCAAAUAAAUAGAACUGAACUGAAA